CGCAGGUGGGGAAACGAGUGCGGCAUUCUUUCGGAAGUCGUGCCAGUGAUGGUCCGGCGGAAACAAACGCAGCGGCUAAGCGACGCCGGACAAGUACCGGCAGCGUUGGAGACUACAAGGAGCAAGAAGAAUCUGUAGUGCGAGUAGUUGAGGAAAGCACGACAUCGGACGAAGACCAAAAUCAUCAUGCUGACUUUGACACGAUGCAGGACAAAAGGG